AUGAAUUCUUCACCUGAUCAAGAUAAAUUGGUCCUUCACAUCCUUCACGGUCUUGGCUUCGAAUACAAUGGACUGGCAGAAGCUAUUCUUCCUUGUGAUACAUCAAUCACGUUUGAUGAGUUGCACCAAAAUUUUGUUACCGGGGAAGCUCAACUCCAACCUCAAUCUUCUGUCUCUUCCUCUCCCUUCCAACCAAUCACUGCCAAUCUCGCCUCUCAAAAUCCCUUCACCAUACGGCCAAACCACCCUCUUUCCAGUGGAUUUCGAACCAACUACAUUCCCCAACAACGUCCCUUCUCAAAUAAUUUCUAA